ACCUUUGAAUAUCACGGUAAGGCAAGGUUGGCUGACGAUCCGUCUUCUGUCCUGGGGAAGCGCCGAAAUCAGUUAACGAUAUAAUUCCUGCGGCGUUUUUAUAUAAACUGAUUCAACCUCGUCGAACAGCGACUUUGAACCUGCAUUGGCUGUUUUACAUAUCCCGAGACUCAUUGUCCAGAGCAGCCUGUCUGUUUUCGUCAUCGUCACGACUGAGUCAAUUGAUUUUGUGGUGGGUCAAUUGGCUGUUUGCUCGAGAGAGAAAUACUGUCUUUUCAUCUUUUGCAUAAAGAGACGAGAGAGCGCUAUAUUUUUAACGGUGGUUAAACGGAUAUUUCGGCAACCUCUCGGCUCGAUAGAAAAAAUGUCUACACCCAAGCUGCUGUCAUCGCAAGCAAUUGCCAAACACAACACAGUCUCUGAUUGUUGGAUUGUUGUAGACAAUCAGGUCUGGGAUAUUACCGACUUCCUCCAGGAGCAUCCUGGUGGUCCAUCAAUUAUUCUCAGAUAUGCUGGACGUGAUGCCACACAGGCCUAUUCGGCAGUCCACUCCCCUAGUGUCAUCCGCAAGGGACUUUCGACUAAUAAACUAAAGGGGGUUCUUGACCAGUCGACUAUUGACGCUGAAUGGUCGAAGGGGCUUGCACAGGCAGCUAAUCGGCCUACUGGAGAGAAUGAAAAGCCGCGGUUACAUACCCUCAUCAGUGCACACGACUUUCAGCUCGUCGCCUCCAAGACGGCCCCUGCAAAGACAUGGGCGUUUUACUCAAGUGCGGCCAACGAUCUGAUCACUCGCGAUGCAAACAAGUCAUCCUUUGACCGAAUUUGGUUUCGUCCGCGAGUGAUGCGCAAUGUGCGAGAGGUCAACACAAAAUCCAGCAUUCUGGGGUGUAGCGUGAGCAUGCCGCUCUUUGUCGCACCCAGCGCAAUGGUGAAGCUGAUUCACCCUGACGGCGAAUUGGGGAUUGCACGAGCAUGUCAGUCAAGGGGUAUUAUGCAGGGGAUCUCGAAUAACGCAUCUUUUUCCCUGAAGGAAAUCAGCGACGCAGCCCCCGAUACGCAGUUUAUCUUCCAGCUGUACGUCAACCGCGAUCGGGCCAAAUCUGCUGCUCAGCUGCAUGAUUGUUCUGCCAACCCACAGGUCAAGGCCAUCUGCAUCACAGUGGACGCAGCCUGGCCCGGUAAACGAGAAGCCGAUGAGCGGGUCAAGGCAGAUGAAAACCUCAUCUUGCCUAUGGUUCCGGCGAAGGGCAAUAACGACAAGAAGGGCGGUGGUUUGGGGCGAGUGAUGGCCGGCUUUAUUGACCCGGGACUGACGUGGGAGGACGUGAAGUGGGCGCGACAGCACACGCAUCUCCCGUUGUUGCUGAAGGGUGUGCAGUCUGCAGACGACGCCGUGUUGGCCAUGGAAGCAGGUAUCGAUGGUAUCUUGCUGAGCAACCACGGUGGUAGAAACCUGGACACCAGUCCGGCCUCGAUCAUUGUCUUGCUCGAGUUGCACCGCAGAUGUCCCGAGGUAUUUGACCGAAUGGAGAUUUACAUUGACUCCGGAAUCAGACGAGGCACAGAUAUCCUCAAGGCCAUCUGUCUAGGAGCAACUGCCGUCGGGAUGGGACGAAGCUUUCUCUUUGCAUCAAACUACGGCCAGGAGGGUGCUGAGCACUUGAUUGACAGUAUGUAUUAUCUGUUCCCCUUUUCUUCUUCUUCCAUCCACCUUUUGACCAGUAGGUAAAUCUUCCGCUUCCCCGGCUAAUCAUAACUAUCCAUAGUCAUGAGAGAUGAGCUGGAGGGAGCCAUGAGAAACAUCGGCAUCACUUCGCUCGACCAAGCAGGUCCUCAGUACAUCAACACUGCUGACAUUGACCAUCUGGUGCCGGAGUCGGCUUCUCAUCCGUAUGCAAGAUCCGUUUCACGCAGCAAGCGCCCAUUGAAACUGUGAGGAUGACGUAUCACGUUUCCUUCUUUCUUCCAUUGCUAUAUAUACACUCUUACCAUGCCCUUCGUAUUCUCCCUAUCCUCUUGCGUAGUUGAGGUGGAUACGCCUUCUUUCUAUCAAAUGAUAUUUCACGGGUUUCCGUACUCCAUCUCCUCUGUACACAACAAGCAGCCGGCAGGACGAGCUACCACCAACUGCGAGACCCAGUAUAUAUAAGGACAGGUGAAAAAUAAUGGAUUAAUUGCUGCCGAGGUCGGAGGAGGAACAAACCACCCCCCCACACACCUGUCAU